UUAAGGUCACUCUAUUUCCAGCAAGAAGAAGAGAAAAAUUAAACAAAUUUCACGAGUAUAAAUAAAUAGACUUUAAAAUAAAGCAAAAUGUCGCUGGCAGACGAACUACUCGCUGAUCUGGAAGAGGACAACGACAAUGAGUUGGAGGAGGAGGACGCCGAGAUGGCCAGUGCCGAGGAUGAAAGCCUGCUGGCGGAGAAGUUGGCCAAACCGGCGCCCAAUCUGAUGGACGUCGAUGUCACCGUGCAAUCGGUGCGGGAGCUCUGCAAGCUGCGCGACUCGGAGCGCCUGCGUAACACCCUGCAGCAGAUCGAGCACUACGCAAGUCGCCAGAGAACUGCCGCCGAAAUGCUCGGAUCCGUGGAAUCCGAUCCCGAGUACUGCCUCAUCGUGGACGCCAAUGCCAUUGCCGUGGACAUCGACAACGAGAUCUCCAUUGUGCACAAGUUCACCAAGGAGAAGUACCAGAAGAGAUUCCCCGAACUGGAUUCCCUGAUUGUCGGGGAGAUUGAGUACUUACUGGCAGUCAAAGAGCUGGGCAAUGACCUCGACCAGGUGAAGAGCAACGAGAAGCUGCAGGCCAUCCUCACGCAGGCCACCAUUAUGAUAGUCUCCGUCACCGCCUCCACCACUCAGGGCACCAUGCUCACGCCAGCGGAGAAGGCCAAGAUCGACGAGGCCUGCGAAAUGGCCAUCGAGCUGAACAACUUCAAGUCCAAGAUCUACGAGUACGUGGAAAGCCGCAUGACCUUCAUAGCCCCCAAUCUUUCGAUGAUGGUCGGUGCCUCCACGGCUGCCAAACUCCUGGGCAUCGCCGGCGGCCUCUCCAAGCUGUCCAAAAUGCCCGCCUGCAAUGUUCAGGUGCUGGGCUCGCAGAAGAAAACCCUCUCGGGCUUCUCACAAACGCAGAUGUUGCCGCACACUGGCUACGUUUACUACUCGCAGAUCGUCCAGGACACUGCUCCCGAUCUGCGACGCAAGGCAGCUCGUUUGGUGGCCGCCAAAGCGGUGCUGGCUGCUCGUGUGGAUGCCUGCCAUGAGAGUGUCCACGGGGAGAUUGGGCUGCGCUUCAAGGAGGACGUGGAAAAGAAACUGGACAAGCUGCAGGAACCGCCGCCGGUGAAGUUCAUCAAGCCGCUGCCAAAGCCCAUUGAGGGAAGCAAGAAAAAGCGAGGAGGCAAGCGCGUGCGCAAGAUGAAGGAGCGCUAUGCGCUCACAGAGUUCCGCAAGCAGGCCAACCGCAUGAAUUUCGGAGAUAUCGAAGAGGACGCCUACCAAGGAGAUCUGGGCUAUUCGCGCGGCACCAUUGGCAAAACAGGCACCGGUCGCAUUCGAUUGCCCCAGGUGGAUGAGAAGACCAAGGUGCGGAUCAGCAAGACGCUGCACAAGAAUCUGCAGAAGCAACAGGUGUACGGCGGAAAUACCACAGUCAAGCGGCAAAUAUCCGGAACAGCCUCCAGCGUGGCCUUUACGCCACUGCAAGGCCUGGAAAUCGUCAAUCCCCAGGCGGCGGAACGUUCCCAGACGGAAGCCAAUGCCAAAUACUUUUCAAACACCUCCGGUUUUCUGUCAGUCGGACAUCGGACCACUUAAAACCAACACCUCUAUCACCUUUUUCUAUAAAAUUAAGCACUUUUAUUUGGAGAUUUGUCGAAUGUAUAAUGAAUUAGGCGUAGUAAAGCUGCAACGAAGCUGCACUAGA